GACUGCGUCUCUCUUUCCCGGUUCCUUAGUCUGUGGGCCGUGUACGAAGCGAUCGGAUGCGCGCUGUGUUUACACUGGUGAGCCGGAGAAACGCAGAGCCGUGCGCAAGUGAGUGUUUGCCUCAGGCACCACUUGGUUGAUGGUUGCCAGCUGAUGUUAACUUCAAUGCGCAGCUACAUUGCUAGUUUGGAAAGUAAAAUUAGAGAUCUAGAGAGCCCGCCACGUUAUACUCAGGUCAGCAUUCAAUUCUUGUCUUCUCAUAGAGCACUGAUUUAUUUCAGUAGUCUAUAUCGCCGUUUCAAUCAGGUCUCACCUUCAGUCCAGUCAUCGGGACAACUCAGUCCAUCACAAACGAUCCCUCCCAACCGGUUCAAUGGCAGACAUGGCUUGUCUGCAGGCAAUGGGCGGCAGCCAGGUGAUGCAGUUGGCCGUCGUUUGGAACGUCCUUUAGAUACUGAAGGACGAGAUGAUGGCGUGAAUGCGAUGAUGGGUUCUCUGGAGGAAGAGCGCCAGACACAAGGAUUCUUUGGCAGCUCAAGUGCGACUAGUUUCAUGCGUCAGAUCAAAACAGCCGUGGAAAAGAGGGUGGACGUACCCGACCGCCGCACAUCCGAGUCCAUACUGGGAACUGCGCCGCAAUCGAGUCCUCUCUCCAGCCGGACCAAAAGACCGUCCACCGUAUCCAACUAUGUGCUUCCACCAAGGAAAACGGCGGAUAGCCUUAUGGACGUGUACUGGUGCUUUGUGUUUCCUCUCUAUCCGCUGGUAGAUAGCAUUCACUUGCGAGCGGAGUAUAGCAAGCUCUGGACCGGAGAAACGCUCGACUCGGACGAGAAUAUGCUCAUGUGCACGUUCAACGUCAUAUUUGCCUUGGCUUGUCAACUGGCUUAUUUCAUCCCGCCUGACGAGCGCGAAGCCUCUGCAGAUGCUUUCUUCUCUCGCGCAAAAGACCUCCUACACUUCAAUCUCUGGCACGGUGGCUCUGCUACUCUGAUUCAAUGCCUUCUGCUGAUGGCCCAGUACCUGCAAAGUACUGACUCGGCACAUCAAUGCUGGAUUGUCACUGGGUUGGCGAUUCGGAAUGCUCAAAGCCUGGGCCUGCAUCUUCCGCAGACUAUUGCCCGUUUACCAAGCUUCCAAGAACAGCAACUCGCACGGAAGAUUUGGCACGGGUGUGUUCUUAUGGACAGGGUCAUCUCGAUGACAUUCGGACGACCAGCUAUGAUCUCCAAAGCAUCUUGUGGCUCUGUUCCGCUGCCGGCCACAGUGGACGAGGAGUACAUUCCCGCGGCUCUGGAUGAUGAAGUGAGACAACCCGCGGACCGUCCUUCCGUUAUGGCUUUCUACGCAAAGUCCCUUGAGCUUUACGAAAUUCUCAACGAUAUUCUGCUCAGCCUCUACAAACCCGUUCCCGAAGGGAAUCCUGAAGACAUCUACGAUUUCUACUUCAACAAAGGACUAGACGAAGGCGAACGUACGAUCUUCGAACUCGAUCGAGCUCUCACCAAAUGGACUCAGAGUCUUCCGGCCCAUCUCCGAGGAGAUACAUCCUCCAAGCCUGAGGAUGCGGUUUUCUACCACCAGAGUGUGGUUUUGAGAGCUCGAUUUCUACAUGUCCGGAUGCUUCUUUUCAGACCGAUUUUGGCAAAGUACUGCACUGCUCGCGAGAUUACACCUCAAGAUCCGCUUAUCUCAGUGAAUGAUUCAUUUCCCCAGCGAGUUGCACAGCAGUGCUCCAUUAUCUGUGUCAAGGUCGCACAAGAGGUCAUUGAAUUAAUCCAUAGCAACAUCCCUGCUGAUGGCUCUACCGGCCCACUUCCAGCCUGGUGGUACAACAUUCUCUAUGUCUACACGGCAGCAACUGUGCUGAUUGCCGGGCGUCUCCGGUCCGCUAUCCUCGAAGAAGUAACCGAAACCGCGAUAACCAGAUCCUGGAACUGCGCCCUUGAAAUAUUGCGAAGCUACCACAGCUAUAGCUCAUCAGCUAGACGGUGCGUCGCAGCAUUAGAGAUCCUCUACGAAAAGGUCGUUUCGGAAGGACCGCCAGGGAACGAGCCGUCAACCCAUGCUCAAGCCAGCACUUUCAACACCACGAACGACAUGUCCCUUGGCGAAGGCAUGAAUGCAAUCUUGCUGGAUGGGUUCGAUAUACCUGAUUUCCAGGACAUGUCAUGGCUGAACAGCGUGCCAAGUAAUCUUUAUUGAGUCGCGUUCAACUGUUUCGUGAGAUGAGGCUAGUCCGAUUCUACCGAGUAUUGAACAUGCCACCUGGUUAGGAACGAAUACGACCAGCUGCGCCAUCUGUCCACCGAUCGAGCGGUAGUAACUGAAUGACCUCGGUUAUGCGAUCACCCUGACAAGCAUCUCAAUGCAUUCGCUGAUAAAUUUCAUUCCUGUCAGGAUUUCUGCCCUUCAACCAAUCGGAAACGUCUAUCUAAUCUACUCCUGGAUCGACGCGUUGGCUUCGGCUUAAGCGAUGCAAAUCAUGUCUCAAGGAACCGAAUCCCGGUCGUUUUUGCUGCAGUACACGCCAGACUAACGGACUCAUGGACACAUUGACACAACCUUCGAUAGUUCUUGUGGGAACCGCGUGGUAUGGCAAUUCCAGCGGAAAUGUAGCUCAAUCAAUCAAUUUCCUGUUCUUAGACUAGGCUGAAGGCGUGGCAUGCUCAAGCAUUAGGAACGACAACACGGG